GGAUAAGAAAGUGAUAAGAGCGUCUUAUUAAAGUCAUAGCUCAUUCUUAUUUAUAUCUUAUCUGAUUCUUAUCGGAUUCGUACGAAAUUCUUGCCAUUUUCGUGCGGACUUCUUAUGUAAGAAUCCGAUAAGACUCGGAUAAGAUUCUUACCAGAAAUAGCAAAAAAUGUUUGUCUAGGGAAGAAACUAUUGCUAUGUUUACAUGUAGAAAGUAACGGUGAAAAAAGAUGAUGUGCAACUAAUGAAUCCACCGAAAUACGAAAUGUGUGAUGAUAUGGCAAAUUUAACGCAUUUGAAUGAUGCCAGUGUGCUUCAUAAUUUACGUACACGUUAUAAAAAUUGGCUUAUUUAUACCUAUUCAGGAUUAUUUUGUGUAGUAAUAAAUCCAUAUAAACGUUUACCAAUCUAUACAAUGAAAGUUGUAAUGAUGUAUCGUGGCAAAAAACCAAAUGAAGUAGCGCCACAUUUAUAUGCUGUGGCUGAUAAUGCCUAUGCAAAUAUGUUAAGAGAACGUGAAAAUCAAUCGAUGUUAAUCACUGGGGAAUCGGGUGCUGGAAAAACUGAAAAUACAAAAAAAGUCAUCCAAUAUUUUGCUUUGGUUGCAGCAGCGUCCGACAAGAAAGAAGAAAAUGUGGGUAAAUUUAUUCGUAUCCAUUUUGGUAGUGCUGGAAAAAUUGCUGGUGCUGAUAUUGAAGUAUAUUUGCUGGAAAAAUCACGUGUCAUUUUUCAACAGCCACUUGAACGAAAUUAUCAUAUUUUUUAUCAGUUAUGUUCGAGUGCCGCUGCAGAUAGAUAUCACAAAGAAUUAUUGAUUGGCACUGAUGCUGGUAAAUAUCAUUAUGUUGCACAAGGCAAGCUGACAAUUGAUGGUGUCGAUGAUGCCGAAGAGAUGAAAUUAACCGAUGAAGCAUUUGAUAUUCUGGGAUUUAGUCAAGAGGAAAAAAUGAAUUUAUUUAAAUGUACAGCAGCUGUCAUGCAUUUUGGUAAUACAACAUGGAAGCAAAGACCUCGUGAAGAACAAGCUGAAGCCGAUGGUACAGAAGAUUGUGAUAAAGUAGCGCAUUUAUUAGCAGUUGAUGCAGCCGAUUUAAUUAAAGGUUUAUUAAAACCGCGUAUUAAAGUUGGUACAGAGUAUGUAAACAAAGGUCAAAGUAAAGAUCAAGUGGUAAAUUCAAUUGGUGCUCUAUCAAAAUCCAUAUAUUCUCGUAUGUUCAGUUGGUUAGUUGAACGUGUCAAUGUUACAUUAGACGUCAAAACAAAACGACAAUAUUUCAUUGGUGUUUUGGAUAUUGCUGGUUUUGAAAUUUUUGAUUUUACUCACAUCUCUGCUUCAAUAUGUGAAAGUAGAGCCGUACAAUGGGUGCCUUUCAAUGGUUUCGAACAAUUGUGUAUUAAUUACACCAACGAACGUCUUCAACAAUUCUUCAAUCAUCACAUGUUCGUUUUAGAACAAGAAGAAUAUAAAAAAGAAGGCAUUCAAUGGACAUUUAUUGACUUCGGAAUGGAUUUACAAGCUUGUAUUGAUUUGAUCGAAAAACCAAUGGGUAUCUUAUCCAUUUUGGAAGAAGAAUGUAUUGUACCAAAAGCAUCCGAUAAAACAUUUGUGGAAAAAUUAUAUACAAAUCAUUUGGGUAAACAUCCACAAUUCGGUAAACCAAAACCAGCCAAAGGCAAAGCAGAAGCUAAUUUUGAAGUACAUCACUACGCUGGCUCAGUACCAUAUACAGCAACGAGUUGGUUAGAAAAAAAUAAAGAUCCCAUCAAUGCAACUGUUGCCACACUUUUUUCAAAAUCGAAAAAUCCAAUGUUAAGUCAUUUAUAUGCCGACGUAGCAGCUGAGGAAGGUGUCCUCGAUGCUCAUCUAGUUAUUCAUCAGUUGCAUUGUAACGGUGUACUAGAAGGUAUUCGUAUUUGUCGGCUCGGGUUACCAAAUCGUAUAAUUUAUCAGGAAUUUAAACAACGUUACAGUAUCCUUGCACCUAACGCCACUCCAGCAGGAUUUGUUGACGCGAAAAAAGCCACCGAAGAUAUUCUGAAAGAUAUUGCUCUGUCAGAAGAAUUAUACCGUCUCGGAACAACAAAAGUAUUUUUCAAAGCUGGUGUUUUGGGUCAACUGGAAGAUAUGCGUGAUACGGCAUUAAGUCAGAUAAUAGCAAAAAUACAAUCACAAAUUCGUGGUUACAUUAUGCGUAAAGAAUAUCGGAGAAUGUUAGAACAACGUGUAGCUUUACAAGUUGUACAACGAAACGUUAAAAAAUAUCUAGCUGUACGCAACUGGCCAUGGUGGAAAUUGUUUACGAAAAUAAAACCACUGUUGUCUGUUGCAAGACAGGAAGAAGAAUUAAAAAAAAUGGAAGAAGAAUUCGCUCAAUUAAAAGAAAAUUUGGCAAAAGAAGAAAAAUUACGAAAAGAGAUAGAAGAAAAUAACGCAAAAUUGAUCAAAGAUAAAAGUGAUAUCUAUUUACAAUUGGAAGCUGAGCGAUCAAAUACGGCGGAUGUUGAAGAACGUUUAACACGUUUAGUGGCACAAAAAGCCGAUUUGGAACAACAACUGAAGGAUAUGGAAGAACGUUUUCAUGAAGAAGAAGAAACAGGACAAGAAUUACAAAAUAAACGUAAAAAAUUGGAACAUGACAUUGACGGCUUGAAAAAAGAUAUUGAUGACAUGAGAUUGAGUUUACAAAAAUCGGAAAACGAAUGCAAAAUACGUGAAAAUCGCAUUAACAUCUUGCAAGAUGAGAUGGCUCAACAAGAUGAAUCAUUAGCGAAAUUGACCCGAGAGAAAAAACGAUUGGAAGAACAAAAUACAAAAAUAACUGAACAACUCCAAGCAGAAGAAGACAAAGUAAAUCAUUUGAAUAAACUGAAAACCAAGUUAGAACAAACAUUAGAUGAAUUGGAAGAUUCGUUAGAACGAGAAAAGAAAGCUCGCACUGAUUUAGAUAAAUCAAAACGUAAAAUAGAAGCCGAUUUAAAAACAACACAAGCUAAUUUGGAAGAUAUGAAACGAGCAAAACAAGAACUGGAAGAAAAUUUAAAAAGAAAAGAUCAAGAAAUUGGACAAAUGGGAGGCCGAUUAGAGGAUGAACAAGGUGUAGCUGCUAGUCUUCAGAAGAAGAUAAAGGAAUUACAGUCAAAAGUUCAAGAAUUAGAAGAAGAAAUUGAAACAGAAAGACAACUGAGAACAAAAACGGAAAAACAACGGGCAGAUUUAGCACGUGAAAUCGAUGAGAUGAAUGAUCGUUUAGAGGAAGCUGGUGGAGCUACAUCAACACAAGUUGAAAUGAAUAAAAAACGUGAAGCUGAAUUAGCUAGUUUGAGAAGAGAUUUGGAAGAAGCCAAUCUACAACAUGAAGCAACAGCUGCUCAAUUAAGAAAGAAACAUCAAGAUGCUGUGAAUGAAAUGGGAGAACAAAGUUUGCAGAAAAAUUGUAUUUUCGAUUUUCGACCUCAAACUUUGCCCACAUGA